AGAGGAAAAUGCACAAUGUACCUAAAAAACACAUUAAAGGAAGGUAUAGCUGAUCAAUCAUAUAUAAGUAAGUUCAGACAGCAGGAGUCCUCCAGUGUGCUUCAGACUCAGGAUAAGCUCGCUGCUCUCCGAACCGCCAUGUGUGACGACGAAACAACUGCCCUUGUGGUCGACAAUGGCUCCGGGAUGGUCAAGGCUGGCUUCGCCGGCGACGACGCUCCCCGAGCUGUGUUCCCCUCCAUCGUCGGCCGCCCUCGUCACCAGGGUGUGAUGGUCGGCAUGGGUCAGAAGGAUGCCUACGUCGGCGACGAGGCCCAGAGCAAGCGAGGUAUCCUGACUCUGAAGUAUCCCAUCGAGCACGGCAUCAUCACCAACUGGGACGACAUGGAGAAGAUCUGGCACCACUCCUUCUACAACGAGCUCCGCGUUGCCCCUGAGGAGUCCCCCGUCCUGCUCACUGAGGCUCCCCUCAACCCCAAGGCCAAUCGUGAGAAGAUGACCCAGAUCAUGUUCGAGACCUUCAACACCCCUGCCAUGUACGUCGCCAUCCAGGCUGUCCUGUCCCUGUACGCCUCUGGCCGUACCACUGGUAUCGUGCUCGAUACUGGUGAUGGUGUCACCCACACCGUCCCCAUCUAUGAAGGUUACUGCCUUCCCCACGCCAUCCUGCGUCUCGACCUGGCUGGCCGUGACCUGACAGCUUAUCUCAUGAAGAUCAUGACUGAGCGUGGCUACUCCUUCACCACCACGGCUGAGCGAGAAAUCGUUCGUGACAUCAAGGAGAAGCUUUGCUAUGUCGCCCUUGACUUCGAAAAUGAAAUGAAUUUAGCCGCUGCCUCAUCUUCCCUCGAGAAGUCCUACGAGCUUCCCGACGGUCAGGUCAUCACCAUCGGCAACGAGCGCUUCCGCUGCCCCGAGUCCCUCUUCCAGCCUUCCUUCCUGGGUAUGGAAUCUGUCGGCAUCCACGAGACCGUCUACAACUCCAUCAUGAGGUGCGACAUUGAUAUCAGGAAGGACCUGUUCGCCAACAACGUGCUGUCUGGCGGCACCACCAUGUACCCUGGUAUUGCUGACCGCAUGCAGAAGGAAAUCACUGCUCUUGCUCCUCCCACCAUCAAGAUCAAGAUCAUUGCUCCUCCUGAGCGCAAGUACUCCGUAUGGAUCGGAGGUUCUAUCCUAGCUUCCCUGUCCACCUUCCAAGCUAUGUGGAUCACGAAAGACGAAUAUGAUGAAUCUGGCCCUGGCAUUGUUCACCGCAAGUGUUUCUAAAAAUCAGAGUAACAGUAAGCUGUAUUAUCAUCCUUGGUUGAUAGUAUAGGAAUCUGUAAUUCCACAAUUGUAAUGAAUUUCUUUACGAAUUCUAACGGGGAUUAUUUUCUCUAAGGUGAUAAUAAAGUUAACUUUCGGAGGAAGGAGGAAAAAUCAAUCUCCUUAUUAUGCAAAAAAUGCUUGAGAAUAACUUCAAUUCCUUACAAAAAUAUACUGAUAUUCAAAUAGAGGAUGAAAGCCAAGGCAAUACAAUAAAUACCAAUAGAAUA